CCCCCACUCUCGCUCCCCGCUUCUACAGUGGGUAGGCAGACCCUCCUCUCCUCUCCUCCCUCCUCCCCCUCCGCUCCUCAUCUCGUCUCCACUUGAGCAGAAGAAGAACGCAGCAGGCAGAAAAAGGAAAAAAAAUAGAUUAUCCUUUUCGUUUUAUCUCUUUGACGGAUCAAGAACAGGGGAGGGAGAUUGGAGGGGGAGGAGGAGGAGCAAUCGGGAGGGAGAAGUAUAAAUUCGCAGGAAGAGACGAGGGAUUCGGCGUGGAUAGAUAGAUAAAUAAAUCAGUUCGCAUCGGUUUAUUGAUUGCUCAUUAACCCAGCAUUCCUUUCCUGCCGCUGCCAUUCUCGGGAGGUGGUAGGCGGAGUCGUCAGCAUGGUUCCAUCCGGGUACGACUGCGCCGCCUCCGUGCUGCUCUGCGCCGAGGACAACGCCGCCAUCCUCGGCCUCGACGACGACGAGGACGACUGCUCCUGGGCGGCGGCGGCGGGGUCCGCCACCCCGCCGCGCGUCGCCGCCGAUGCCGCCGCCGCGGCGGAGGGGUUCCUGGUGGACCACCCCGUGCAGUCCGACGAGUGCGUGGCGGCGCUCGUCGCGACUGAGAAGGAGCACAUGCCGGCCGACGGGUACCCCCAGAUGCUGCUGCGCCGGGCCGGGGCCCUGGAUUUGGCCGCCGUCAGGAGGGACGCCAUAGAUUGGAUUUGGAAGGUCAUUGAGCAUUUCAAUUUCGCGCCGUUGACUGCGGUCCUGUCUGUCAACUACCUUGAUAGGUUCCUCUCCGUCUAUCCCCUUCCUGAAGGCAAAGCUUGGGUGACACAGCUCUUGGCAGUGGCUUGUCUGUCCCUCGCUUCAAAGAUGGAGGAGACCUAUGUGCCGCUCCCCGUCGACCUGCAGGUGGUUGAGGCAACUUCUGCGUUUGAGGGCAAGACCAUAAAAAGGAUGGAGCUUUUGGUGCUCAGCACCUUAAAAUGGAGGAUGCAAGCUGUUACUGCUUGCUCAUUUAUUGACUACUUCCUUCGCAAAUUCAAUGAUCAUGACGCACCCUCCAUGCUCGCAUUCUCCCGCUCGACCGACCUCAUCCUGAGCACGGCUAAAGGAGCUGAUUUUUUGGUGUUCAGACCUUCAGAGAUUGCUGCAAGUGUUGCACUUGCUGCAUUUGGGGAGCGCAAUACUUCAGUAGUCGAGCGGGCUACAACUACCUGCAAGUACAUAAACAAGGAGCGAGUGUUAAGAUGCUACGAACUGAUUCAAGACAAGAUAGCAAUGGGAACCAUUGUCCUAAAGUCAGCUGGAUCAUCAAUGUUCUCUGUGCCGCAAAGCCCGAUAGGUGUGUUGGAUGCUGCUGCAUGUCUCAGCCAACAGAGUGAUGAUACUGCUGUUGGAUCUCCAGCAACAUGCUACCAAGCCUCUUCGGCAAGCAAAAGGAGGAGAAUUGGCAGAUGACUGGUCUCAUGUCGUGCUGUGCUUCAGGUGUGUUGCUCACCGUUUUGGCCGUUUUGUUGUUUCAAACAUCUCAAUUCAGUUUGGUCACUCGAGAACUAUAGCGUGGUCAAGUAGUUGCUGGAAGGAACAAAAACACCAUAGUCAAUACUUGACCCAUAAAAACAAACAGUUCACCGCGAGCCUGUUCAUGCAAUCGACAUAUGUAAGGGGCAUGCUAAGCUGUUAGUGUCCAGAGAUGCAUGCUAGUGUAGGCAGAGAUGGAGCAAGGAAUUUGCAUGUUGUAGAGAUGAGAGCUCUAUUGCCCUGUUUUGUAUUUUGGUUCCAUAUUCAGUUUCCAAUGAACUUUGGGCAAGGGCUGCUCUGAUCAUUGAGGCGGUGAAUGAAAAUGAUCCAAAAAGGGAUCGGCUGAGAUACAGAACAGUUUAUAUUUGUUCUGAUGAGUUAUAAAUUUUGUCGACAUUA